CACCGAUCAAUCAGAGUCAGAGCUAGUGCCCCUGCUCAUACAUCCUGGCUUACAGCACUCACGAGUCACGAGUCCAUCAAGAAGCUGACGAUCUCACGACGCUCGAGUCCAUCAUAUAGUGUAUCAAGUCGUAAUCAAUAGUGGCCAGCCACGCUGUUGCCCAAUCGCUGCUCCGUGUAGACGAUCAUCGAGAAGCAUUCCCAACAGCGAUGUCCAAAGGACCAUUCUACAUCGGAGUCGACGUCGGCACAGGCUCGGCUCGAGCCGCUCUGCUGGACGCCGAUGGCAACAUCCUCUCCGAAUCCACUCACGCCACCCGCACAUGGCGAUCCGACGCAGACGCGCGCAUCUUUGAGCAGUCCACGGACGACAUUUGGGCUCGCAUCAGUCAAGCCGUUCGAGAUGUGCUCAAAAUAUUGCCAGAAGGUACGAGCGGCAAGGAUGUCAAAGGGAUAGGGUUCGACGCUACUUGCUCUUUGGCUGUCAUCAAUGCGAACGGCGAACCGAUCGAGGUCACACCGGAACCUGAAGGCAGUUGGAAGGUCGGAGGAGCAGAAGGAGAGAGGCGCAACAUCAUACUCUGGGCUGAUCAUCGGGCUGAGGAGGAGGCAAAGAAGAUCAACAGUACAGGUAGCAUGGUGCUCAAUUACGUUGGGGGUACCAUGUCGCUGGAAAUGGAAGUCCCAAAGAUGCUCUGGCUUUCCACCCGCAUGCCCAAGCAGACAUUCGCCUCCGCGCACUUCUACGAUCUGCCAGACUACCUCACCUAUCGCGCGACCGGAAGUCGAGCUCGGUCAAAUUGCAGUCUGGUGUGCAAGUGCUCUUACGUUCCCCCAGGCGUGGGAGGUAGCAGCACAGGCUGGCAACACGAUUUCUUCAACAAGAUCGGAUUAUCAUCCAUCGCUAAUGAGGAUUUCGAGCGAGUGGGUGGUAUCCCGGGCAACGGCGGCUUGGUCUUGACAGCUGGACAGCCGCUCGGAUCGGGUUUGACGAAACAAGCCGCGCAAGAUUUGGGCUUGGAAGAGGGCACGGCUGUCGGCUCUGCACUCAUCGACGCGUACGCUGGCUGGGUUGGAACAGUCGCAGCUCAAGCUGUCAAUGCUACAACAUCAGAAAAGGAGCAAGACACUGGGCUUGCACAAAGUCAACACAGGCUGGCAGCCAUCGCCGGCACGAGUACGUGCCAUGUGGUGCAGAGUCCGCAGGGCAUCGACGUCAAGGGCGUUUGGGGUCCGUACAAGAACGCCGUCUUCCCCGGCAUGUGGAUGAAUGAAGGGGGUCAAAGCUCCACUGGUCAGCUGAUCGACUUUAUCAUCGAUACGCACCCCGCGAUUUCGACGCUAAAGGAGAGAGCAACGACGAACAAGUCCAACUUGUUCACCGAGCUGCACGGUAUCUUGGAUACUCUGCAACAAAAAGCAGACUUGUCACAUCCCUCUUACCUCAUUCGCGACCUGGUGCUCUACCCCGAUCUGCACGGCAAUCGAAGUCCCUUAGCGGACAGCGGCAUGCGAGGACUCAUCAGUGGUCUAGCACUGGAUCGGGGGGUGUCUGACCUGGCCAAAAAGUACUACGCUACGCUGGAAGCUAUUGCUCUUCAGACUAGGCACAUCUUGGCCGAGCUGAACGGCAAAGGUCACUCCAUCACCAGUCUCUACAUGUCGGGUGGACACGUCAAGAAUGCUGCGUUUAUGCAAUUGCUGGCGGAUGUUUGUCAGGUACCCGUGCUCUUGCCCAACAGCGCCAGUGCCAGCGUCGUAGCUGGCUCCGCUAUCCUGGGACGCUUUGCUGCCGAACUCAGAGAAAAGGGUGUCCUGAUCGAUACUCAAGAGCAGGCUGAUAAGGCAGCAGUGGACUACAGAGAGCGUCUAUGGGAACUCAUGACUACCAUGACCAAGCCGGGCACUUUCGUCUACCCUCGUGCGGACGACAAGCUCAAAGCUCUCUUUGAUGCCAAAUACAAAAUUUUCCACGAGGCCAUCGACGUGCAACGAAGAUGGCGCAAGAUUGUGGCGGACGCCAUAGAUUGAAUAGGAGUUCGAAUAGAAUUACAUGGUAUGGAUGUGUUUUGGGGUAGAAUGGUGACCAUCUCGCAUCCGUGUGCAAAUCUAUACAUCCGACCGCGCCAUCCCAAAGAGGCCUUGUGCUAGUCGUACUUUGAGCUCAGAACGAAUGGCUCGUCUUUCGUUCUUGGCUCCUUCAGUAGAUAGACUCUUGUUUUCCUGCGCCCGACGCAUCAAGUAUGGCAUCACGUCGUCCA